AUGUCCCUUUCUUCAUCAUCGCAUCAUAUCAAAGUGGUGCCUCUUGGUGCUGGUCAAGAUGUUGGUCGGAGUUGUGUGAUCGUUACUCUUGGCAGAAAAACCAUCAUGUUUGACUGUGGAAUGCAUAUGGGUUAUAAUGAUGAAAGACGAUUUCCUGAUUUUAAAUUUAUUUCAAAGAAUGGACAAUUUACUCAAACUAUUGAUUGUGUAAUUAUUUCCCACUUUCAUCUUGAUCAUUGUGGUGCCCUCCCGUAUUUUACCGAAGUAUGCGGCUAUGAUGGUCCGAUUUAUAUGACUUAUCCAACAAAGGCCAUCGCACCAAUAUUGUUGGAGGAUUAUAGAAGAGUGAUGGUAGAUAGGAAGGGUGACAUUACAUCUAAUCAAGGGUUCUUUUCCUCAGAGGAUAUUAAAAAUUGUAUCAAAAAGGUUCAGGCAUUGAAUUUACAUCAAACUGUAAUAUUAGACGAUGAACUAGAAAUUAAGCCCUAUUAUGCUGGUCAUGUUUUAGGAGCAGCCAUGUUCUAUGUGAAGGAUUUAGCGACUGGUGCAAGUGUUGUAUAUACAGGUGAUUAUAACAUGACGGCAGAUAGACAUUUGGGAAGUGCUACGAUUGAUAGAUGCAGACCUGAUCUGUUAAUUACAGAAACUACCUAUGCUACAACCAUUAGAGAUUCAAAGAGUAGCAGAGAACGUGAUUUUUGUAAACAAAUUUAUGACACUGUUGUAAAUAAGAAGGGAAAAGUUUUGAUUCCAGUUUUUGCUCUGGGAAGAGUUCAAGAGCUUUGCAUUCUAUUAGAGACAUAUUGGGAAAGAAAAAACUUGGGAAAAUCUGUACCUAUUUACUUCUCCGCUGGUAUGGUGGAAAAAGCAAAUUAUUACUACCAACUAUAUAUUAAUUGGACAAAUGAAAAAAUUAAGACAACUCUAUUCGAUCAGAAGAGAAAUCUAUUUAACUUUAACAACAUCCUUCCAUUUGAAAGAGCAUUAAUGGACAUGCCAGGUCCAAUGGUAUUGUUUGCCACUCCAGGAAUGCUUCAUGCUGGAAUGUCAUUGGAGGUAUUUAAAAAGUGGGCUUCUUCUGAGAACAAUAAGGUAAUUUUACCUGGUUAUUGUGUUGAAGGCACCGUCGGAAAUAAGGUUCUACGUAAUAAGGACAACAAGCAUGCCAAGAUUGAAAUCGAUUCGAGGACAACCGUUGAUAUGAGAUGUGAAGUGAAGCCAAUCUCUUUCAGCGCUCAUGCAGAUGCAAAAGGUAUUCUUCAGCUUAUUCGUACAGCUCAACCUAAGAACGUCAUGUUAGUUCAUGGCGAGCGUGACAAGAUGGCAUUUUUCAAAAAGAAGAUUGAAUCAGAAUUUAAAAUACCAUGCUUCGAUCCACCUAAUGGUUGUACGAUCAAGAUCAAAACUGAUUCAUACGUAUCCUCAGUGAACGUUAGUUUGAACUUAUUGAAGAGAACUCUUUCGUCGUCAUCCUCUCAAAUUUCCUCUCCUAUAUCGAGUACAAUGUCAGACAUCUAUUCCUCAUCAUCUGUGUUGAACGAGUUUAACAAUGAUAACCAAAAACGUAAAAAGAUUGAAGGCAUUUUAAUAUCAAAACCGAAUGGACAUACAAAUUUACCUGAUCUCUCACUCUUAGAACCAGGACAGGCAGCAAGAGAACUCGGAUUGAGACAACACACAUUAAGCUUUACUAGAAAAAUCCCAAUUUCUGCCUCGAGUGGCAACAACCACAAGAGUGACAUUGCCGAUAAUCUCUAUCAAAUAAUUUCAAAUCUUUUGGAAACACAGUUCGGAAAAGAUUGUCUCUCCUAUUCCGCUCCUCAAUCUAUUUCUUUGAAAAGUAUCAAAAUUAACUUUGAUUUACCAAACUACAUUAAUGUGAAUUGGCUGCUAACAGACGAGAUUGAGGGAGAGCGAGUAUGCCAAUUGUUGGAUCAUCAUCUCUCUACACUCAAGCUUAACAUCAAAUAA